AUGGAAGAUAACAUUCGCUCAUUCAAAAGACCCCAUAACCCCAUUUUUGAGAAUAAUAUCAAUAAAAGAGGCAAAUUUAGUGAUCAAUUUUCAGAAACCUCUAGUUCUUUAGAAACACUCUACCGAAUACUAUGCCACUCUAGAAAAAUCGGUAGUGUUAUUGGAAAAGGUGGAGUGAUAAUCAAGGCCUUACGUGAAGAAACUCAAGCUAAAAUCACAAUUGACGAUUCUAUCCCUGGAUCAGAAGAAAGAGUAGUCAUAAUCUACAGUCCUUCAACAAAAAAACCAGUAACACAUAAUGAUAUGAAUCUCCAGUGUGCUGCACAAGAUGCUUUGUUAAAAGUUCAUGAUAAGAUUCUUGAAGAAGAUAUAAAUAAUAAUGAAAAAUUGGUCACUACACGAAUUCUUGUUCCAAAUAAUAUGGUGGGGUGUCUUUUGGGAAAAAAAGGAGAUGUUAUUCAGAGAUUGAGAAGUGAAACUCGUGCAAAUAUACGCAUUUUGCCUUCAGAUCAGCUUCCUGUUUGUGCUUUGAGCACUGAUGAAUUGGUUCAGAUAUCAGCUAAACCAGCUAUUGUAAAAAGGGCUCUCUAUGAAAUUUCUACUUUGUUACAUCAUCAUCCACGCAAGGACAACUUCAUUCCUUCCGGGCCCCACGGAUUUCAUCCACCUGGACCUCAAAUUACAAAUCUACCCCCGCCUGCCAGGUGGCGGGGGGAUUAUGGCAGUGACCAUUCAAGAUUUGGUGAUACUCCUGCUGAGUUUUCAAUGAAAAUUCUUUGUUCCACAGCAAAAAUCGGAGGGGUGAUUGGUAAAGGUGGCUCAAAUGUAAGACAAAUUCAACAAGAAACUGGAACUGAUAUACAUGUUGAUGAUGUGGCAGUUGACUCAGAUGAACGUGUGAUUUGUGUGUCAUCGUUUGAGGAUUUGAGGAAUCCAAGGUCAAGAACGAUCGAUGCAAUUCUUUUUUUACAAGAGAAAGCGAGUGAUUACUCUGAGAAAGGAAUUGUUAGUACAAGAUUACUUUUGCCAUCUAGUAAAGUCGGUUGCAUUCUUGGGCAAGGUGGACAUGUGAUUAAUGAAAUGAGAAGGAGAACAAAAGCAGAUAUUCGUGUUUACUCUAAACAAGAAAAGCCUAAAUGUGCUAGUAAAGAUGAAGAGCUUGUAAAGGUGUCUGGAAUUUAUGGUACGGUUAAAGAUGCGGUAGCUGAGAUUGCUUCAAGAUAUCGAGCAAGAUGUCUUCGUGAUGCAAAACCUGAAGCGGAAUCAUCUCCUCAUGGUGGUCGCUUAGCUGGCUAUGAACCUUUUACAGGUGGUGGAAGGGUGUAUGAUGAACCACGUAGCUAUCCACCUCCUGCAAGGGACUAUGAACUUUAUAGUCACUUGGCUCCUCAUAGGGACUAUGAACCUCAUAGCCAUCAAGCUCUUGUGAGGGAUUAUGAAGGUGGUGGAUAUCGGGCUCCUGUUAGGGACUAUGAAUCUAAUGACUAUGUUGCCCCUCGUUUGGGUUACUCUUCUCCUCUAAGGGACUAUGAGUAUGAACCUCAGGGUUACCAAAGAUUCUUACGUGGUGUGGAUAUGAAGAUGUCGAGUAGCAGUAGAGGUUUUUCUAUUGGGAAUGCUAGUGAGAUAACGGGAACAAGACCAUAUGGUGGGGCUUCAGAAUCCUCCAUUGCUGACAUCCAUGAUCCAUCCCAGCAUUUGAAUUCCACCCAUGAAUCCUACCAAAUCUACAAUUUACCAAAACGCCCUUCGCACACCAAUACUAAUCCCACUUCACACACACCAUACAAUCAUUACUCACAAAAGUCUUACCACAUCUAACCACAAAUACAAAUCCCACCAUUGUUGUUGACCAUAUCAAGAUUUUGUACCUUAUUUAAAAUGUUUUUGAGUAUAAGGUAAAAAGGUAAAUUUAAAGUCCAUGAUGUAGAAGCACUUGUGUUUUUGCACACGUGCGUAAUGCACAUAUAGUGUUAUUGUCGACAAAUCUUAUCUACAUCG